AUGCUUAAAAGGCCUCAAGCAACACACUCUGUCCUGGCCUGUGGCCCCAGCAACUUUGCAGACCAGCUGAAGUUUCCACGCCCAUGCGGAAUGCGUCGCAGGACUCGAGCUGGCUGGCUGGCAGCAGUUCCCAGGCAGCCCGUGCGGCCCCGGGGCCGGCGCGGGCCGGGAGACAAGGAGGCUGCUGUUGGCGAGGCUGGCCCGGCAGCGGGGGGGAGCAGGAGGCGUCGGCUCCCCUUCCCACUCCCCUUCCCACCCCCCUCGCCCUGCCCUGCGCCGCCCGAGGAGGAGAGCGAGCGAGCGGAGGACCGACGGACUGGCGGACGGACGGAGCGCACCGGCCGGCCCGAGGUCUUUGCGCGUCGGGGCGCACCUGGACCACACCUGGCCUUGGCCAGCAUGCUUGACUGGAGCAAAGGAUGCCCGCCGGGCUUCCCUGGCAUCACUCUGAGAGAUUGCCUAAAGGCCCUUGCUGGGUGUGCCAGCCAGGCUGUGCUGCAGAGCGCCUCCCAGGGAGCAGACGGGGCAGCCCCUCCAGCGUGUGGGCGGCAGAAGGGAGCAAAGAAGAGCAGAGACCGGGCCCAGAAGCCAGGGUGGAGGGGCCGGGAAGGAGGGGGCCGGCUCCUCGGGGAGGCAAUAAAGUCCUCCGGGCGAAGGGACCCGCAAUCCCUCGACGCGGCCGUGCAGAACACGCUUGCGGUUCUCUACCCGCCCUUUGACGUCACCGGCCCGACGGUGCUCAGCCAGCUUUUCCAUGUCCUGGAGGCCAAAUACCACGGGGACGGGCUCUGCUGCCUUCUCGACUUCCUCAUCCCAUCCAAGCGCCUUCUGGAGCACGUGCGGCAAGCGGCCUGCGCUCCUUACGUCAGCUGCGUUUUCCUCCACGAAGGCUGGCCGCUGUGCCUCCGUGAGAAAGUGGUCGUCCACCUGGGCCCGCUCAACCCCCUCCUGGUGCGCCCCGGCGACUUCUACCUGCAGGCGGAGCCCUGUGGAGAGCAGUCGGCUUCUCUCGCCGUGAAGUGUCUCUCCCGGGACCUCACCACCGUGGAGAAGAUCCCCAUCCCGGAAGCCGCCUGCUCCUUGCUCUUCACUCAGGAGUGGCUGGAGGAAGCCAACCGAGACCUUGGCAGGCCGGAGCUGCGGAAUUGCCUGGUGGCCACCAGCAACGGGAUCGUCCCCGUGCCGUGGAGUACAAUCGUCACUCCAGAAUUUGUCCAAAUAUCCCAGGCUGAAGAUUUGGUGGGUAAAGACUUGCUGGCCCCCUCUGAGUCACAGAGGCAGACCAGGGACGGGAGAGCCACUCAGAGCAAGUACCCAGGCCUCAUCAAGGUGGAGCGGGGAUCCUGGACGAAAUCCACUUUGUUUGUGGUGCCGAGUUUGUGCGAUAUCAUCAGCGAGAACCUGGAAGGGGAGUAUGUCAACCUCCUGGGCUUCUCUGAAGAAAGGAAACCGGAUCUUUCUUCUCCCGCCAAGACAACAGCUUCACCUGCUCCACAGCCUGGAAGAGAGGAAUCGCCCGAGGCCAAAGAGGGGCUUCCUUGGGCAACCGGAGAGGCCGCAAACAGAGAAAGCUGGACUUGUGGGAAGGGGGGAAACUCUGAAGAAGGCCCCUGCACCCCUUGCUUGAGGCGGAAACUGAGCCAAGACCCCGAGCUCCACGAGGCAAGGUGCCACUAUCGGGAGUCGUAUGUGGCUGCCCUCCAAAAUCCUGUCAGCUUCAGCUCAGGAUUGAUGGCAGCCAUACUGGAGGAGAUGGACGCAGCCCAGCCGGCCCCCGCCUCGGAAAGCACAGGCGCUCGGCCUUCUGAGGGGUCAGGCGAGGCUGUUCCUGGGAUUCUCACGGACUGUCCAAACAAGGAAGGCAAAGCCGAGCAGGUGGCCAAGCCGGGGCACGGGAAACUUCUGAAGCCUCCCGCGGACUCUUCGGCUGCCGGCAGCAAAUUCUCAUUCUUGAAAGGCCACCGCCUGCAGGUCUCCUCUGGGGGUGGCUUGUCCAUGGCAGAGAAAGCCGGCAAGGGCCAGGAGGGGCCUCGCAAAAGGCCAUCUGUCGUUUGCUCUCCCAGAACGGCCAGAGCCAAGCAGGCGGGCGGGAAAGGUGCCAGUCAGGUUGAUGUUGUGCUUUCGGAAGUCCCCGUACCCAAGAGCCUGGAAGGUACCAUAGAGGGCACUUCAUCCUUGGACACUCUUCCUCCCGGAUCCAGCCCCCAGGAUUAUGUCCAGUGGGAGAUGCUCAGUUCUGAGCUUCUGUCUUCUGGGAUAGUGUGUCUGCCAGGGAGCACAGAUAGACUCGGGAGACCUAUCCUCCAGAUCACCACGAGCAGCUCAGCUUGGCAGGCCCCCGGGUGUUCAGCCCGAGAGGUGGCGGACCUCCUCCUCUUCCUCUGCUCCCUCCCCAGGAAACAGGCCCUGGAUGCGGGGCUGACGGUGGUAGUCGAUGCCAGGAAGGAGCCUCUUCCCCCUGCCCUCUCCGCCGCGCUGGACUCCGUCCAGAAGGCCUCUCCUGGCUCCAUCCGUGCCAUACUGAUAUUGGCAGAGAAGGAGACCGUGCCCCACGUGGACAAGUUCCCAGGCCUGCAGGUGGAGCUGCUGAGCUCUUUGAAGGCUCUGAGCCGCCAUGUGGACAGUAGCCAGCUGACCCCGGCCCUGGAGGGCACCUUGACCUAUUGCCACACCGAGUGGGUUCAGUACUUCCAGAAGAUGCACCACUUUAUGAGUGACCUCCAGAAGGCCUCUCAGUUGCUGCAGAGCACUGUCCAGGAACUGGAGGAGAAAGACCAGCUGGAGAGCCUGCAGGAAGUUCUUCAGGAACUGGAGCGGCACCAGCUCCUGAUGCAGGGAGUGCUGUCCAAUGGUCAGCUGCUGAGCCUGCAGCGAGAAGGCGGGGCCACCCUUGCCAGGCUGAGGAAGGAGGCUGCCCGACUCAGCUUCUCCCUGGAUGCCCGGAGCAGCAUAGACUGUGCCCUGGGUCUCUACAAUCUGGUGGAAGAGCAGGUGCACACCCUGGUGACCAGAUCCAACGGCCGCUUGGAGCACCUGCAAUUCCUGCGGAAGAUCCGAGAGCUGGAGGCCGAGUUUCGCAAGCACGUAGGACUGCUGCAGCGGCAGCAGCUCGGCCGCUGGGAAGCCGCAGAAGCUGUACUUCUCGUACUGCGCGCCAACCAGGGCGGCCAGCAGCAGCAGCAGCCCCCAGCUUUGCGCUCCAUGCCCGCCCCGCUGCCGCCUGCUUCUACUGCUCCAGAGCCGCUAGGAGGCCCAUUGGGAGGCUCCGGGAAGCAGGGGGGAAAGGAAGGCGGGAGGCAGCUCAGUUUGUGGAUGGAAGAAGAAGGAGGGCUGGAGCUCAGGGCGGUGGAAUCUGCAGAGGGCAGCCAGGAAAGCGCAGAAGAGUCUUAUCAGAGGUUUAAGAAAUUUUUCAAAGAAGCCACAGUCCACUACAACCGUGGUCUCUCACUCUCUAAGGAGGCCGCCAAGGUGCAAGGAUCCCGAUUCCCAGAGAUGGAGGCCUUUGAGGCAGCAAAGGGGGCCUUCCAGGCCAAGCUGACGGUGUUCUACAUGGAAAUGGAGAGGAGAGGGGCAGAGCUGGAGACCCUCCUGGAUCUGUACAAGUUCUGUGACAAGGUCACACAGCUUAAUCUUGACUGCAAGCAACACCUGUCCCAGAGGAGAGCCAGAGAGAAUGAGCCCUGGAGCACCGAGGCCAUGUUUGAAUUGGAGAGCUCCCUCCAGCUGUCCCCGGAGUUUUCCAGCGAGAAAUUCCAGCAGAUGAAGGUGCAGGCUUCCAGCAUGCACAGUGGGAAGGGCCUCGAGGUGUGGCAUGAAGCUUUAGAGAAAUACCAAGAGGCCAAGCAGGUUCUGGAAGGCAUGCUGGCCAAAUGCAGGGGCAACCACGAAGGGGGAGCCAGGGUCUGUGGAGAGAAGGGGGCCCCCCUUGGCACCAGUCCCAGCCCACCUCAUGAAAUCCCGGGUGAAGAGCCCUACUUGGAUGGUGCGCUGGCGAAAACCAGGAACCAGGAGCGCCUACUGGAGUACAACAGAAGGAGUCUGGACACGGACAGAACUGGCUCUCAAGAGAACCCUUCCCGUGGAGCAGGCAAGGAAGGAUUUGGAAGGGAAGAGCCUUACCUUGCUUCUCCACAGGAUGUUGCAGAAAGCAGGGCCUCCGAGGGCCAGAACCCCAAUGAAGAGUGCCCAGAGGGCCUCCUCAUGCCAACCCGGACCCCUCCUCCAUUAAUGCUUCACACCCACCCCUCUUGCCCAAAGGCUAACCACGCGCCAGAGACCUGGGAGGACCUGCCCUCCACAGACUGGACGUCCAUAACUGUGCCAGGGAGAGGCCGGCGCAGCAGGAGGAAGGAGGCCGCCCAGUAUUUCCAGCUCUCCAGACACGGGAGUUUUUCCUCGGAAGACACUGAUUCCCAGAACUCCACUGAAGAGUCUCUGGGCUCCGGUGCGGCAAUAUCAGUGGAAUCCGCCGCCCUCAAAGGAUCCUCCCCCCAGGGAAAAGCUCUGGGGAUCGUGUACUUAGAGAACCACAGCACAACCAGUCUGGACAAAGCGACUUCCCAAUAA